AUGAAAAACUGGAAUUCAUUUGUGGCCAUUUUCACGGCUUUCACAUUCACAACGCUUACACUCGCUUCUGAAGUUACCGAUGUUUUUCAAAGCUUUGACAGUUUGGUAUGGCAAAAUGCCGCCAACUACCAGUACAGUACUCCUGCAGCCCCAAGUUGGAUUGCAACCUUAUCCUGGAAGAUUUUGGGCUCAAACGUGCAUGCUGGUGAUACUUUUACUUUAAAUAUGCCCUGUGUUUUCAAGUUUACCACCACUCAAGACAGCGUCGACUUAACGGUUGGCGAUACUGUUUAUGCUACUUGUCAAUUUGCUCCUGGUGAUUUAGUUGUUGCUUACUCCCAAUUAAAGUGUACUGCUAGUAACAAUGUUAAAGCAAGCACAAAUGCUGCUGGUUCUGUUCAUUUUCCUAUUGCUUUCAACGUUGGGGGAUCAGCAAAUUCUGUCGAUUUACAAAAUUCCCAAUGUUUUACCGCUGGUUCCAACCAAGUUACAUUCACUGACGGUGACAAGGAGUUGACUACCACAGCAAACUUUCAAGGAGGAACAAACACGAAUGGAAAUUCGCCAACUGAUACUAUUGUUUACAACAAUCGUGUAGUCCCAUCGUUGAACAAACAACAGUUGUACUUGCUUGGUGGAACUUGUCCUAAUGGAUAUAGGAGUGGAACUUUAGGCGUUACUAUUGUUGGUGGAACACUUGACUGCUCAACCUUUCACGCUUCCAUCACAAACCAAUUAAAUGAUUGGUUCUUGCCAGAAGAGGCGGAGGCUAUAUCAGGCUCAACAAGCUGCAGUGGUAACUCUUUUACAAUCAACUACAACAACAUCCCCGCCGGUUAUAGACCAUUUUUGGACAUUUUGGUUUCAGUUCCAACAGGUCAAGGAUUACAAACUGCUUACACCAACACAUACUUGUGUGCAGGAAGUUCAUCGGUUAAGGAUGGUUCAAAAUCUACAACUUGGGGACCAUACCAGAAUAACGAUGCUGGUGCUAAUGGUAAUGAAGUUGUUGUCACUACAUCUACAUGGCUUGGAUCAACCACUUCAAUAACAACUUUGCCCUUCAAUACUGCCCCAGGUAAUACUAAAACCAUUGUUGUUGAAGUACCAAUUCCAACUACUACAGUCACGUCUAGCUACACUGGUAUUUCAACAUGGACCACCACUAUCACAGCUACACCUGGAAAGACAGCAACAGUUGUUGAAUGGGAUCCAAUUACCCCUGCCGUAAGUUCUGAACCUCCCUCUUCGGAGCCACCAAGCUCAAGUGAGCCACCAUCUAGUUCAGAACCACCAAGCUCAAGCGAGCCACCAAGCUCAAGUGAGCCACCAUCCAGUUCAGAACCACCAAGCUCAAGCGAGCCACCAAGCUCAAGUGAGCCACCAUCUAGUUCAGAACCACCAAGCUCAUCAGAACUGGAAUCUAGUUCGGAACCACCAAGCUCAAGCGAGCCACCAUCUAGUUCGGAACCACCAAGCUCAUCAGAACUGGAAUCUAGUUCGGAACCACCAAGCUCAAGUGAGCCACCAUCUAGUUCGGAACCACCAUCUAGUUCAGAACUGGAAUCUAGUUCAGAACCACCAAGCUCAAGCGGGCCACCAAGCUCAAGUGAGCCACCAUCCAGUUCAGAACCACCAAGCUCAUCAGAACUGGAAUCUAGUUCGGAACCACCAAGCUCAAGUGAGCCACCAUCUAGUUCGGAACCACCAUCUAGUUCAGAACUGGAAUCUAGUUCAGAACCACCAAGCUCAAGCGGGCCACCAAGCUCAAGUGAGCCACCAUCCAGUUCAGAACCACCAAGCUCAUCAGAACUGGAAUCUAGUUCGGAACCCCCAAGCUCGUCAGAGACUGAGUCAAGUACUGAGCCACCAUCAAGUUCAUCUGAUACUGAUUUCCUGUCACUGAGUCAAGUUUCGUCUAACGACCAUUCAUCAUCCUCAAUUACACCACCUUACCAAAACAGUACUAGCCCUACUGGACCCUCUUCUGUUCCACCUAGUUCAGAAUCCACAACUACUCCUACUGAUUUACCAACCACGGAGUCUACUACUGACAUAUCAUCCCCAUCUAGUGAAUCUGCUAUUACAUCACCAACUACCACACCAACCACAACUGAUAAUGGUAACGGAGGUGAAAACACACCAACCACAACUGAUAAUGGUAACGGAGGUGAAAACACACCAACAACAACUGAUAAUGGUAACGGAGGUAAAAACACACUGACUAAUACAGGCACAAGUACUCCUUCCAACCCAACCACUCUGAGUGCAAACACAAUUGAUUCCCAACUGACAGCCUCAUCGACUAAUCCUCCAGAAAACAAUGGAAACGGUGGAAACAAUGGAAACGGUGGAAACAAUGGAAACAAUGGAAACGAAGGUAAUGGAUCUGGCAAUGGAUCUGGUAAUGGAUCUGGUAAUGGAUCUGGCAAUGGAUCUGGUAAUGGAUCUGGUAAUGGAUCUGGUAAUGGAUCUGGUAAUGGAUCUGGCAAUGGAUCUGGUAAUGGAUCUGGCAAUGGAUCUGGUAAUGGAUCUGGUAAUGGAUCUGGUAAUGGAUCUGGCAAUGGAUCUGGUAAUGGAUCUGGCAAUGGAUCUGGUAAUGGAUCUGGUAAUGGAUCUGGCAAUGGAUCUGGCAAUGGAUCAGGUAAUGGAUCUGGCAAUGGAUCAGGCAAUGGAUCAGGAGAAGGAUCAGGAGAAGGAUCUGGAGAAGGAUCAGGCAAUGGAUCAGGAGAAGGAUCAGGAGAAGGAUCAGGAGAAGGAUCAGGAGAAGGAUCUGGAGAAGGAUCUGGUAAUGGAUCAGGAAAUGGAUCAGGAGAAGGAUCUGGUAAUGGAUCAGGAAAUGGAUCAGGAAAUGGAUCAGGAGAAGGAUCAGGAGAAGGAUCGGGAAGCAACCCAAGCAUACAACAACAACAACCAUCAUCAUCAUCAAAUGAGCCAUCCUCAUCCGCGUCCGCAUUCAACACAAACACAACACCACCGAUCAUUUCCAACUAUGAAGGAUCAGGUUCAAGUCAAGGUGUAUCUACAUUCUUGACUGGUUUAUUCAUCAUUAUCAGUUCAUUGUUAUUCUAG